AUGGCCGCCGCCGCCGCAGCUGCGCGUCCCCUGGUCACAGUCCAGUCCUUGGAAGGCGACAUGGCCACGGACCAGACCCAAACCGUUGCCCUACCCGACGUCAUGAAGGCCUCGAUCCGGCCCGACAUCGUCACCUUCGUCCACUCCAAUAUUUCGAAGAACUCCCGCCAGCCCUAUGCCGUCUCCAAGAAGGCCGGCCACCAGACCUCAGCCGAGUCCUGGGGUACGGGCCGAGCCGUCUCCCGUAUCCCUCGUGUCCCCGGAGGCGGGACCCACCGGGCCGGCCAGGGAGCUUUCGGCAAUAUGUGUCGAGGUGGCCGCAUGUUCGCGCCCACCAAGAUCUGGCGCCGCUGGCACCGGAAGAUCAACGUCAACCAAAAGCGGUACGCCGUCGUUUCGGCGAUCGCCGCCUCGGCGGUGCCGUCUCUUGUUUUGGCCCGCGGGCACAAGAUUGAGACUGUUCCUGAAUUGCCUCUGGUUGUUAGCGACUCCAUUGAAGGUGUUGAGAAGACCUCCGCAGCUUUGAAGGUUUUGAAGCAGAUCGGGGCUUACUCCGAUGCCGAGAAGGCGAAAGACAGCCACUCGAUCCGACCUGGAAAGGGUAAGAUGAGGAACAGGCGGUAUAUUAACCGAAAGGGGCCGUUGAUUGUGUACGGGACUGAGGGAGCCAAGCUCGUGAAGGCGUUUAGGAACAUUCCUGGUAUUGAUAUCAUCAAUGUGGAGAGGCUUAAUCUGUUGAAGCUUGCUCCCGGUGGGCAUUUGGGUCGGUUUGUCGUCUGGACCAAGUCGGCUUUCGAGAAAUUGGAUUCGAUCUAUGGCUCUUUUGAUAAGGUUUCUGAGAAGAAGAAUGGGUAUGUGUUGCCGAGGUCGAAGAUGGUGAAUGCUGAUUUGGCGAGGAUUAUUAACUCCGAUGAGGUUCAGAGUGUUGUUAGGCCGAUCAAGAAGGAAGUGAAGAGGGCUCCAUUGAAAAAGAAUCCUCUGAAGAAUCUGAAUACCCUGCUUAAGUUGAAUCCUUAUGCAAAGACAGCUAGGAGAAUGUCUUUGUUGGCCGAGGCGGAGAGGGUCAAGGCUAAGAAGGAGAAGCUUGACAAGAAGAGGAAGCCCAUUUCUAAGGAGGAAGCUUCAACCAUCAAGGCCGCUGGCAAGGCAUGGUACCAAACGAUGAUCUCAGACAGUGACUACACAGAGUUUGACAACUUCACAAAGUGGCUUGGAGUAUCCCAGUAA